AUGGACGCACAACACCUGGGACCAAGUCCCAUGCCCAAGCAAUUCGUACUCUGUUUUGACGGCACCGGUAAUAAAUUUUGCGGCGACGAGUCCGACAGCAAUGUCCUCAAGAUCUUUCGAAUGCUUGAUCGCAGUAAAAGCCACCAGUUUCACUAUUACCAGCCAGGAAUUGGAACCUACGUGACGUCAAAGUCCUUUUCAAGCCAUGGUCGGUUCCAGCGCAUCAAAUCUGCUUACCUCAAAGCAAAAGACUCUGCCGUCGGUUCUUCCUUUGAUGAGCAUGUUAUGGGAGGAUACAAGUUCCUGAUGAGGUACUACACACCUGGUGAUGAAAUCUAUUUCAUCGGGUUCAGUCGAGGGGCUUAUAUUGCGCGUUUCCUGGCGGAGAUGCUCGACUACAUCGGCCUCCUCGAAGCGGGCAACGAGGAGCUGACCCGGUUUGCGUGGAAGACCUUUGCGAAAUGGCAACAGCGACGUGGCGAAGGUACUGACGAAGAGAAAGAGGAGAAACGGCAACUGUUCCGCUAUAUGAAAGCCUUCCGUGAGACUUUCAGCAGGCCGAUCACCCGAAUCAAGUUCAUGGGCUUGUUUGAUACAGUCAACAGUGUGCCCCGUUUUGAGUCCGCUUGGAUGCAAAGAAGUAAAUUCCCAUAUACCGCCCGUAGUUCGGCCAGAGUCAUUCGACAUGCCGUGGGAAUCGACGAGCGACGCGCCAAGUUUCGACAGGACCUAAUCUCAGAAGCCAAACCUUGGCAGAACAAAAAGAGACGACACCAUAAUUGGGGACGACACCACCUGCAUAACAUUCGUCACCAUCACGAUAGAUCCGAGAAUGUGCCCGCCAUCGUCGUCAAUGACGAUAACAAGGACGGGCAAGAAGCCACCGACGAGGGAUCUACCCAACAGGGACAUGAGGACACCGCGUCAGUCUACCGCAGCGUAGCCGGCUCGCACGAUGAUGACGACGACGAGCAGAUUCAUCGUUACCGCGCCCCGUCCCCUGCUCCUAACCAGAGAAGACAUCUCAGUCUCGCGGUUCCCAUGGUUACUGGGUCCACAGAGGACUUGACGUCUGUCAGGAGUGGGCACUCUGGUCUUUCACUUCAAGUGCCGGGUGCCAAUCCAGGGUAUUUCGAGGAGGACGAAAGCGCCCAAGACAUCCAAGAAGUAUGGUUUCCUGGAGGCCAUGCGGAUAUUGGCGGCGGAUGGAAACUAGGAGCCGAUGAAGAUUGGCCGCUCAGCCACGCACCUCUAGUUUGGAUGGUCCAAGAGGCACAGCAGGCGGGCCUUCAGUUCGAUUCUCGGAAACUGAAACAGUUUGAAUGCUGUGAAGAAUACGAGGGACAGUAUUCUCCCAUCCACGGGAACAUCCGCUGGAACCGCAGCAAUGGCUGGGGUCACGAUCAAGACUAUUCUCACGGGGCCAAUGACGAGUCCGAGCACCCUGUGUUCAGAAUGGCUGUCAAUGACAACGCAAAGUCGCGGUCCAAGUCGAGUUGCAACUUCCUUGCUGCUCUUCACAGUUCCAGCCGAGAAGGACUACUACACGACUGUCUUUCUUUCAACAAGGGACUCCCAGCAAUGUCUGUCCUGACAUGGCGCAUCAUGGAGUAUCUGCCGUUCCGACGCAUGGAUCUGCAGGAUGACGGGUCGUGGAAGCCAAUCCGCUGGCCGCUUCCUUGUGGCGAGGUCCGUGAUAUUCCGAACGACGCCCAAAUCCAUGUGUCUGCGAUACGUCGCAUGGCUGCAGACCCGGAUUAUCGUCCGGGAAAUCUCAUCAUCGGUGGAGGUGGAAGAGGCGUCAAGCGAGCCCCGGAGGAAUACGGAAUUGGAGAGUGGGUGAUCAACAACUAUGAAGGGGAUCCAGUUCGAGAGGUAUAUAUGCGAAAGAAGGCGUCGAAGAUGUGUCAAGACGAUGGACACCACGAUCAGGCGCCCAGCAUGUGCAAAGAUGAUGAACACCAGUAG